AACUUAUACAGGUACGACGAUUCAUAUUGAACCACAUAUUUCAUUCGUCAUCGUCCAAGUGAUUAGAUGAGUCUUAAUGCCAGCCUAUGAUUACAUGGGAUGGAUGCACCAGCAGGAUGUGUUUGUCGGCCGAUGUACGACAGUUCAAACAGCAUUAUCAUCGAAUCAUAUCGAAGUUAAUUCUUGCACAUCAUUCUCUCGUGAUAGAAGGCAUAGGUUUAAACUGGACAGCCUCAUCAGAUGUGGCGAUGAAUACCAGACGUGAAUAGGUCAUUUAAUAUGGCUUGCAGAAGUAGAUCAAGUUAACACACAUCAUGAAUAUCACCACUCCAACUUCCCUAGUGCAGAACGUACUCCCUCCAUUCAAUGCAUACAUCAUGAUUGGACCAGUGGUGCUGGGUGCGCUAGUUAAUGCCUGCCUCUUCGGCGGUCUCGUCAUUCAGACUUAUGUCUAUUAUGCGAAUUUCCCCAACGAUCAUCGAGUAGUGAAGCUCACGGUAGCAGCCAUCCUCGCAUCACAGACUGCACAUGUGAUCUGUGUAUCAGCGACACUGUGGAAAGUUGCUGUCAGUGGCUACGGCAACCCUCUCACGCUGUCGAUCUUCCCGCUUGGAGCAGACGCGGCUAUCCUCUUCACUGCAAUUACAGGGACACUAGUAGAAUCAUGCUUUGCGUUUCGGCUGUGGAAGCUUUCGAAAACACUUACUCUGCCCCUUAUCUCGCUAGCACUGUGUUUACUAGCUCAGUCUAUUGCACUCACGAUGACAGUGAAAGCUUUCGCCAUGACAGACCUUCUGACGUUUGAAACUGACGAAAACAGGCUGAUCACGCUUUCACUGACCUCUCGUCUGGUUUGUGAGUUGACACUUACCUUGUCCAUGGUGUGGUAUCUCAGGAAGCAACGGUCGUCGGCAUUUGUGAGAACAACGACCGUAAUUGACCGUUUGGUUCUGUGGACUCUCGAAACUGGCCUUAUAACUAGCCUGGUCGUGGUUUUAGUCAUGAGCUUCUUCCUAACAAUGAAGCAGAAUUACAUAUGGGUUGGAUUAUAUGCAACCCUUGCAACUGUGAAUGCGAACUCAUUACUUGCAUCACUAAACGGCAGAUUAAUCCUCCGCGUGCCGAACCAAAGCUUGAACAUGAAUCCUCCGAGUAGUUCAGCUGGUAGGCGUAGCCGUGAAACUCAGUCUCUUGUGAUCAACGUCACGCAGACAGUCGGAACUGUUCCAGAUGUUUUCAAAUAUGACGAGGGUGAAGUUUAGGAUCGAGGAACUGGAUAGUGACAAUCCAUACGUUAUGUGAUGAGGCUAGCAUAAAUCAACUACCGGUCGCCGAUUUGGAUACACGUAUGGGA